AUGGAUGAACCGGAACCUUGUCAUUCCGAUAAUCAUAUCAAAACAUCAAGAUACACAAUAUUCACAUUUUUACCAAUUAAUUUAUUUGAACAAUUUCGUCGUAUUGCAAAUGCCUAUUUUCUUCUAUUAAUUAUUAUCACUGCUUAUGAAGAUUAUUAUCGUCAUAUAUCUGAUAACAAAGCAAAUGCUCAACGAACUUAUGUAUUUCAACAGAAUAUUAAAUUUCGUGGUAUAAUCGAAUGUGAAUUGCCGACAGUCAAUCUAUUUUCAUUUAAAGGACGAUGUAUUUAUAAUAAAAAAGGAGAAGGAACUUUUCUUUUUUUAACACUAGAAAAUCUCUUAUUACGUGGGUCACGUUUAAAAGUAGCGAAAUAUGUUAUUGAAUUACAAAAAGUGUUUGGUUCAUUGUUUUUCAAAUGGGAUAUUCAUAUGUAUCAUCCAGAAACAAAUGAACAUGCAAAUUCAAAUUCCAGUGAAAUUAUGGAAGAUCUGGGACAGGUGAACCUUUGUACAUUAAUUCAAUAUUUAUUUUCUGAUAAAACUGAUACAUUAACUGAGAAUGAUAUGUGUUUUAAAUUUUGUUACGUGUCCGAUAUGGAAUUUGGCAUUGUCAAUACAAUAGAUGGUAUAAAUUAUCAAGCAUCGUCACCAGAUGAACUUUGUCUUGUAUCAUUUGCUAAAAGUUGUGGAAUGGUAUUUACUAAAGAGGAUACAUUACCAGAUGGUAUUAUUCGUCAAAUAAAUAUAUUUGAAAAACCAACAUAUUAUCAACUAUUAGAAAACCUUCAUACGUAUCGAUUUGUUUUAGGUUUAAUAUAUUUAUUCACAAAACGAGCUGAUUCGGUGGUAAUACCAUUAUGUUCAAGUGGCGCAUUUGAAGUCACGACGGCUCGUAUAUCGUUAUACGCUAAACUUGGUCUACGUACAUUAGCCGUUGCGUACAGAAUCAUCAGCUCUAAUGAUUAUCAACGUAUUCGUGCUGAAUUCAAACGGGCUACUCAAAGUUGUACUGCUGUUGAAGAUAGACUCCAACAAUAUGUACCAGAAACGUUAACUUUAUUAAGACGAAGCGGCAUUAAAGUAUGGAUAUUAACGGGUGAUAGAGUUGAAACAACUGUUAACAUUGCAUAUUUAUCGAAAGUAUUUAAUCAGGAACAUAAACUAUUACAAGUAGUCAAUUGUACAAAUUUAGAAACAUGUAAAACAAUAUUAGACAAUCAAUCGGAAAAAUUAUUAAAGAAAACCGAUCUUGUUAUCGAUGGCUCCUCGCUUGCCUUUGUUUUGGAUAGUGACGAUUAUCGUCCAAUAUUUUGUACAUUAGUUUUGCAAUGUGAAUCCGUACUUUGUUGUCGACUAUCACCAUUGCAGAAAGCACAAGUAAACACACAAUAG